AUGUCUCCUUUUCCAGACGACAAAUAUGACUUUGAGAACGACGAUUUUGAGAAUAAAGACGACGCGGUAUCUCAACACGCGCGAAUGCUUUCCGUGGAAAUCGCCAACCGAAUACACCCGUCCUUGGACUUCUUCGAAGAGCACUUGGAAGAGGUGAAGGAAUACGCGCUGGUCACGAUCGCACAGUUAGAGGAGGUGAAACUGUUUUUGAAACGCCAAAACGUGAAGAGGGAAAAGAGCAUCACGAGCACGAAGAGGGAGGACAGCGUGUUCUUCUCGGAGAAGAAGAAGAAGAAGAAGAAGAGCAAAGAACAUGAACAUGAACAAGAAAGUUUCGGCGUGAGUGAUGAUGAAAAUGAAAAUGAAAAUGAAAAUGAUGAGACGAGUGAUGAUGAUGAAAAUGUUCUUCAAAGUCGCGAUGUGCGACGUAAUCAAAUGGAGAUUGAUCUCUCAAAGUUAACCGCUCGUUUGGAACAAGAUUUCGCGUUCAUCGAUUCCGCCAGGGAGACUUUGAACGUCAUCGAGCGUAAAGUUUCGGAAAUGGAGGAAGACGUGUGGGAGAAGGAGAAAGCGACGGUGAAAACGCGCGUGGACCAGAGAGUGGAACAGGUGAAGGACCAAUUCGGGAGGAUGUUUUCUUCGAUGUUUUCUUCAUCAAAGGAGUAG